ACUUAAUUGCACUUACUGAAUUUUUAUUAGCUUAAAAUUAUGGAAUAAAGAUAAACACAAAAAAUUAUGCAAAUUUAAUGUGUUUUAUUAAAAUGUGUGAAAAAACUAGAAUAUGUAACAUUAAGAAACAGAGGGAGUUUAAGUUUCUGGGUAUUGAGUGGAUUUAAAGUUUGUUCCUUUUUGGUAAGUUUACGCUUUGAGAUUAUGAAAUGCUGAAGCUACUUCAUAUUUGCUCGUUUGAUUAUUAGGGCUUUAAAGUGUAAUGUUGCGUCUGUUGUGUUGCAUCAAGGAACAGUUUGCUUGUAGUUUAUAUGCCUAAUCGUUUUUUUGAUUUGUAUAUAUCUGUAUAGUAGCCGAGUGCUCAGGUUUUAAAAAACCAGCUGUUUCAACCUGAUUCUUGGAUCCUGUACAGUUGAAUACCCGAUACACACCACAGUUUGAUCCGUUGAAUUAGACCAUACCUCCUUAGGAUUCGUUUUGCCUGGCUCUGAUUCAAGUCUCAAGCUUGUCAUUUUUUCUGAAUCUGUUGUUUUGGUCAGUGUCUACUCUCCUGGCGCAUGAACAAACCAGCUGUUGGCUCGGAAGCUCUAAAUAUGGAGAGGAGUGGUGGCAUCAAUAACAUGCUUCUCCCAACAUCACCAGUGUCCUUCCCUUCAAGUAACAUUAACAUCCCCGGUUCCUUGGUUCUCGAUGGGUCUGCUUCAAUGCAUCACUUGUCUCAGAAAGCAGGACAAGGUUCAGUUCCAAUGGGAGAAAACAACUAUUCACAUAUUGAUAAGAAGCCUAGAUUAGAUGUGAAGCAAGAGGACAUGUCCUCGCAGCAGCAGCAGUUUCUACAUCAGUUGAUCCAGCGUCAGGACCUAGCAGGACGGAAUCCUCAGUUGCAAGCUUUGCUUCAGCAGCAGAGACUGAUGCAACAACAACACAGCAGAUCUUCAAUCCAGCAACAACAGCUGUUGAGACAGCAACAAGGCAUUCAACAGAUGAUCCCUCCUAAUCUACGUCCUUAUGAAGCUGGCGUGUGUGCUCGGAAGAUGAUGAUGUACUUGUAUCAUCUACAACAACGACCUGCUGAAAAUUUCAUUACCUAUUGGAAGAAGUUUGUGGCUGAAUACUUCUCACCUCGUGCAAAGCAACGGUUAUCCUUGUCGCAGUAUGAAAACGCUGGGCACCACGCGCUUGGCAUGUUUCCACAGGCAGCCCGGUCAGUCUUCUCUUAGCUGCGUGUGGUCCGUGAAGGUCAUCUUCGCAUCAUAUUCUCUCAAGAUUUGAAGAUACUGUCUUUGGAGUUUUGUGCUCGGCGUCAUGAAGAGCUUCUUCUCCGCCGACUUAUUGCUCCACAGGUGAACCAGUUGCUUCAGGUUGCACAGAAAUGCCAGACCACGAUUUCGGAGAGUGGGUCAGAGGGAGUCUCUCAGCAGGAUUUAAAGUCAAACAGUAACAUGGUCUUGGGAGCAGAACGGCAGCUGGCAAAGUUCAUGGAAUUACAGUCGCUGAAUGAUCUUGGCUAUCCAAAGAGAUACAUCAGAACUCUACAGAUAUCUGAAGUUGGCAAGAGCAUGAAGGAUCUGAUGAACUUCACUGGCGAUCACAAACUCGGCCCUAUUGGUAAGUCUACUAUUCCCUUCUACAAGGUUGUCCCUCUGGUGUAGCUUUCACUUGAACUAUACUAAUUUUGUAGCUCUCUUGUUGAAAUGUUCUGUUUGACCUUUGAUUUUUCUGACUUAAUACACAUGCAUUUGAUGUCCUUAUGCAGAGGAGUUGAAACGUCUUUUGGAACAGACGGCGAUGGUAAAGCUCCAUAUACAGAGAAUGCAAGAGAUGGAGCAGUUGGGGAAUAGUGGAGCGAUGAAUGGGUCAUCUCAAGCUCAGAUGGCGUUGACUUCAGGAACAAUGAACGGCCUUACUGGAAACUACAACAACAACAGCUCCAACAAUCAAACUGUUGGUCGAGUUCCAAGUCGCAACAACAGUUUCACAGCAGCCUCAAAUAACAAUCUUCAUUUGUCAAAAGAUGUAUCAGUCACAGAGCUAUCUCACGGUUUCUCAGAUGACUGUUUCUUCAACAACAGUGAUAUUUAUGGUAGCUUGUAAAUAUCCGAACAGAACAGAGGCACUUCUUCUUUGACUUAACACACACUAA